AGCACACUGCUAAAACCGGUUCCCAUCGUACGAGCACAUACAGACAGACGAUUCUCUCGCCGUCGUAGUCGUGUUCCCCACACGUUCGUUCGUUCGUUCGAAUAUCCUCAGCGCACCAACAACGCCGCCGUGCCCAAACUGCCGAUGAUUGGUCGACUGUCCACCCCGCCGCCACGCCGCAUCGGUGUGAGUUGUCGUUGUCGCGGCAGCUUUGGGACGACGAACUGGUUUAGCGAGAAUUUCCAACCUAAAGCAAACAGCUCGAAAUUCUUCUGUUUCAGUUGAUUUUUCGGUUUUGAUACGCGCGCGUUCGCCAAGCACGCUGCUGUUGUGUUGGACUAGCUGCACUAGCUUGCGCGCUCUGUAUUGCGCGUACUGUAUUGCUCCCUACGUGAAGGUGCGUAGAUAUCCACUGCAAGUCGUUGGGCCGUUGUUGCGGUUGUUGUUUUUGUUAUUGUGGCUAUUGCGUCAGAGCGUCGGUGUUGCGGGACUGAUGCGAACUUUAUUCGCGACGGUUUGUGUUCAAUGGACAACAUGAGCUGGGAAUAGUGGAUCGCAGAAUAAGUUGGUGGGCGUCGGAGACACGUGCUUUGGACGUCUCUGUAGAAACUAGUGACAUUGGAAGCGGAGUAGUUCAACGGUACGAGGAAGACUUGCUGUGCAGAAGAAACUCGUGGAAAAUUCGACCAUAAAACAAAACUUCCGCCCGCGGGUUGGGUCAGGUUGAGUGAUUGAUAGUGUGUUUGACAUUGAGCCACAUUGGGCUGCCUCAGGUGAUAAAGUACAUGGUCUAGAAAUUUUCCAGCUAACGUUAGCGCGAGCGCUCCUCCGAAGUGACUUCAACGUACGUCGGAACGUAAAACCGGUGAUUUAUGAUUUAUGUGGAUUCUGCUCAGAACAUCCGGGGAACCGCGUAUACGAACAGUGAAUCAGUUUAGCGAAACGCUUCUGCCUGUCACUGAGCACAGAUCUGGAAGCCAGGAUACCGUCAUCCUAAAAAAAAAAGUGUUUAAAUUAAUCAUUUCUUAUUAGGCGAAACAAAAAGUCCUACCACAGUGUGCUUCAUUAAUCAAGAAAAGUGAAAUAAUAUAAAGUUGUGAGAACACGCGUGAUUCGCUCGCUGCAUUUAGUGAACCCGUCAGUCCGUCAGCCGUGCAGACAAGCCAGCAGAAGGCGAGCGUCAAGAAAAACGACCAGAAAUUAACGAACCGACGCCGAACAACCACCACCACCGCCGCCAGCCCGCAGACCAGAAGCAGCAACUCUCGGCCGUGUGUGUGAUGAUGGGAGAACAUGAAGAAGCGAUUUGAAAUUUAAAAUCAGAACUCGUUUUUCAAACUCUCUGGUACAAUAUUUGCUUUAUGGAUCGUCGGCGGUGUCUUGCCGGCCGCUUGGCAGCCUCUUUAUGAGCCUAGUGUGCAGAAAAGUGUGAAUAAAUAAAACUGCCAAUAUCAGCGCAUCGGAAGCCGGUUGAAGAGGCGUGAUUUGAGUGAUUUGAAGAGACCCCAAGCCGGUGACACAGCUGCUCGGUUGGCCUUGGUGGGAACGAAAAAGUGCGACCAGUGCGCUGCGGGUCGAUUUGAGUGAAGUGCAUAGAUACCCAUAAUCCACGAGUGUGAACGGGUGUGUCAUCGACCGCCCCCUGCAACCAACUGAAGCUUAGCAGGCUCAGUUCGGUUGCUCGGUUCCGUUCGGAUCGCGACAAUGGCAGUGUCCUGCCCGGAAGUUAUGUACGGAGCAUACUAUCCCUACCUGUACGGCCGCGCCGGACCCAGUCGACCAUUCUACCAGUAUGAGCGGUUCAACCAGGACCUAUACCCCUCAACGGGCGUCCCGCUGGCGGCGUCCUCUAGCACCUCAGCCGGAUCCCACUCACCCUGCAGCCCUCUGCUACCGCCGUCGUUAUCAUCGAACGUAGCGGCAGCGGCCGCUGCCCAGACCUCCGCCCUGUCCUCUUCCACCUCGAACACAACGAUACCAACGAUACCACUGGGCGCACUCCAGAGGCACAUAACCAAAGAGGAAGACAUCAGCGCGGCACGAAGUGAUACCGAAGGAACCAUCCCAGGAGCGCACAACGACAGUUCCUGUUCGUCCGGUCCCGAAUCGCCCAACAAUCUGCACCACCCGGACGGUAGCGGGGGUGGUGCGGCAGGCGGUGCCAGUGGAGCGACGGGUGGCAGCAGUAGUGGCGAGACCUCCGGUGGUGGUGGUGGCGGUGGCGGAGGCCGAGCCCAGUACGUGUCCGCCACGUGUGUAGUGUUUACCCAUUAUUCCGGCGAUGCGGCCAGCGUGGUGGACGAGCACUUUUCUAGGGCGUUAAAUUUUAGCGAUAAAAAUAAUAAAGAAGGUUACAGUUCCAUGUCGAGUAGAAACUUCCCUCCCUCCUUCUGGAAUAGCAACUACGUGCAUCCUACACCCGCGCCUACACACCAUCAGGUUUCCGAUCUCUACUCGACCGACGGAGGCUACUCGACGGACCCGUGGCAUGCGGCCCACUACGGUUCGUACGCCCACGCGGCCCACGCCCAUGCAGCCCAUGCGCACGCCUACCACCACAACAUGGCGCAGUACGGCAGCUUACUGAGGUUACCGCAGCAGUACGGGCACACGUCGAGGUUACAUCACGAGCAGCAGGCAGCACAUGCUCUGGAAAGUGCAGCAGCGUAUUCUAGUUAUCCCACGAUGGCAGGUCUCGAAGCCCAAGUUCAAGAAUCAUCCAAGGAUCUGUACUGGUUUUAGAUAGUUAGCCAAAUUUGUUUAGAAUACGCGUUAAUGGAGUGAACGAGGAUCACAAUCACAUCGAACGAAAUUGAUGGAGAAAAUUGAUCGAAACCGUGCAUACCUUCCCUCUCGGUAACUCGAAGAACCAGUAACAGCACUACGGACGAUCCACACUGCACCCCAAAUCAACGGAGCAAUGCAAUUUUGAAAUAAGUGAAAUUGCAAAAAUCAAAAGACAAACAAAACUAAACAAAUGAAAAAAGCACUCUAAAGUGAUUUUAGUGAUAUUGUAAUCUAAUUUAUCUAAUCGUACUCUUUGUUCAAAUCUAGUUUAAGCAAGGCACUCACAGCUGAUCUUUUAUUCGAAAGCACGAUCAUGGUUUAAAUUUAGAUGCUUUUGGCUAUCGAAUGUGAACUUGUUGAACCAAACAAUUUUUUAGUUCCGAACCUAUCUCUCUCAACAACGCUAUAAUAUGUAUCAUAUAUCUAGUAAGAAAGUUGUGUGACGGAAAUCGAUAGAUCAGAACUUUGCAGAGAACACAAAAUUACGUUAUAGUCAACCUCCCAAUCCAACGCAUACACGAAAUCAUCCAUACACAAUAGCAACCCCAGAGACGUUAAAUAAGUGUGUUCCCUGUUCAAGAGAGUAGGGCAACAAGUUUGUGCACAUAUUCAAUAGGAUCUUUCGAAUACAUUUUGAGUAUAACUUACACACAGGACUCGCGAGAGUAAGGUAUAAUUUCCAAAACAAACGAAAAAUCAUACACAAUUUAAUACUAGAAAAGAAAAACAGACAACCGACAAGUAACGCUGUGCUGCGUACAGUUCUUAUAUGAAUAGUUAUUUUACUGCAAUAUAUGAUUACUACAACCUACACAUAAUAUGUAUAUCUCUUCCGGUGUGAUGGAUAUAAAUGGAGGAUC